CUUUAUUCUAUGUGGAUCUCACUCAUGGGAAUUGUGAGCAGUUGAUUUCAGACAGCAAAAUAGCCGUCUUUUCACCCAGACUGAGUCCAGACCAGCGCCGGAUUAUCUACUUACAAUGUUCUGUCUCUGGGCCACUCAUGCAGUGCAGCAAACUUUCUAUGGUAUGUAAUGUGCCUCAACCAGAAUCCAAAUCUGUAGCAGGUUUGAGUUUCUACGACACAUUGUGUUUCCUUCAAUUUUCUCAAAACUGUAUCAUGACAAAUCUAGUCAAUUAAAGUAAAACAUAUCUUCUUCUAUUUUACUCCUGAUCACAUGAUCCUAUGUAUUUUCACUGUUAAAUGAAUAAAAAUGCGUCUCUCCUCUCUCUGCAGUACGACUGGUACACAAAAACAACCUCUGUGGUAGUGGAUGUGGUGCAGGUGCCUGCAGAAGGUCAGGAAUAAUGACUGAACCACAUUAUUUUCACACACAUUUUAAAUGUGUAUAAUGUAUAAUGAGUUUGUGUGUGUGUUGUUUUGGGGUUUUUUUUCCAGAUGGUUUCUAAUGACUCUACUGCUCUCAAUUGCCUCCUCAGUGUUGGUCCGCCGAUAGUCAGCGGGUUGUCUUAACCACUCCUCAGCGUUGCCGCAAGGUACAGAAAAGUCCUGUCUUAUGACUACGUCACUGCAACGAGAAUCAGAAUCAUACCACUGUCUCUAACAUUUGUGUUCACUUUGUUUUUAGGAUUUGCUGAUGGUGGAUGUCAGCACAGGGAGAGUCUCAUCACUGGCUGCGAGUGAGGAAUUCCUUGAUUUUUAUUUUAAGGAUGUAGCAACUGAAAAUGCUAAUGUUGAACUUUCUGACAAGUGAAACUGUGAGAUUACACGCCAAUGUGUUGUAAGGAAACAGCAACGUAAUGGUUUCAUUAUAACAGAUGGAAGAGUAUACUAAACAUGUCCAAAAGGACCAGUGGUCUUCAGGUGUUAUACUGAUGAUGUUCCGGGUUUUUCCAGAGGGUGAUACUGGGACCUGGGUGCUGCUGAACAUAGAGAGAGACCUGAUGGUUGUCAACUACUCCUCCCUCAACCGUCCGCCCACUCUAGUAAGAUCUGUAGUAAAGAUGUCCCAUAUUAUCAGCCGAUAUUAGCAUAAUUAUGUAAUAUCUGUACGAAUCAUUACUGAAUUUUCCUCCGAUAAUUAAAACCCGAUAACGCAAUGCCUGAGUUUGGCCAAAUGACGUGUGCUCUAAAAAUAGUUUAACGCCCGCCGGCGUCAGACCAAUCAGAUGCCUCAGUGCUCUCAAGAAUGUAUUGAAACACAGCUGCAGUAACUUGUCCUAAACUUCUUUAUUGCUCUCAGCCCAGCUUCUCCAGAAACACCUUUUCCUCCUCUCUCACUCUUUCUUCCUCAUACACACACCCACUCUCGCUGAAAAAACCUCUGUCCCCUAGGCGGGCAUGGCAGAAAAUAAUUGAGAAACAUUGCUCUAACCCAUCACCUUAGUGCGCAGGUGACACUUAACUUCUUUAACCUCCACCACUGCCCAAUAUAUCGGUAUUGAUUUCGGAAUCGGAAAUUAAGUGUUCAGACAAUAUCGGUAUAUCGGACAUCCCUAAUCUUUAGUAAAUGGUUUUAUACUAUUCCACUAUGAAAUGACAGUUAUGUUUAAAGGAAUAUUACCAACAUUUCUUUCACCACUUCCCUCAGAGAAUUGGUUUCCUUCCAGCCAGAGAUUCCGAAGAGGAAGUCGCCUGGGUGACUUUGGAAGACUCUCAGCCCUUACCAGAGAUCAGCUGGGAGAUUUUAACUUUCACGCCUCCUCCAGAGCAAGAAAACAAAGAUUAUCGUAAGACUGCACAUCAUUUUUUUUGUGGAAACCUAGUAAAACCUAAGAGAUGAAAAUAUGGAUUUCUUAUCUUCUCUACUAAGCUUCUUCAGUCCAGCCAUCUAUUUCAACAACUCUAAAUUGCUGAAAACCUUUAAGAUCAGGGUCUGUGUGGAACCAUAUAGAGGUGGUGUGGACAGAAUUGAAUUUGAAUCUCUUCUGCAUUUCAGCCGGCCUCAAAUUUGAAGCCUUUUUGCUCAAACCAAAGGAGGUGCAAGAAGGAGUGAAGCUGCCUCUUAUCGUAUCUCCUCAUGGUGAGUAAAUAUUAUUGUCAUAGUAUUAUUUAAAAGAAAGUAUGGUGGCCCAGAAACAGCUACAGCUGACCUUCCAAGCACCACCAUAACAGAGACAUUCCUGCCUGUUUUCAAGAAAGUCCUUCUUUACCGUUACCCUCCUCUAUCUCCUUGAGCACUUGUUACCUAACUACUGGUCUCCUUUCAAGAGUUCCUUUAUGUAUCCUGAUGGUAAUACUCAUCUUGUAUCUUUGAUUGAAGGUGGUCCUCACUUGCUGUAUAUGUCCGAGUGGAUUCUUUCCGCAGCUUUUCUGUGCAAGAUUGGCUUUGGGUUACUAAUGGUGAACUACAGAGGCUCUCGGGGUUACGGUCAGGACUAUCUCCUGUCUGUAAUUGGACGCAUUGGUGACCAAGAUGUUAAAGAUGUGCAGUUUGCUGUUGAAAGUGUUCUCAAAAGCGGUGAGUUUGAUGCUGAGAAGGUGGCCGUCAUGGGAGGUUCCCAUGGUGCCUUCUUAGUCUGUCACCUGAUUGGUCAGUAUCCAGGAUUCUACAGCGCUGGUGUGGCCCACCUAAUUGGUCAGUACCCAGGAUUCUACAGCGCUGGUGUGGCCCGAAACCCCGUCACCAACAUGGCGACCAUGGUCAGCAGCACAGACAUUCCAGACUGGUGCAUGGUUGAGUCUGGUUACGACUACAGCGCCGACUGGUUACCAGACCCUGAAGUCUGGUCACAGAUGUUGGAAAAGUCUCCGAUUAAAUACGUUGAACAGGUCCAGACCCCGCUUCUGCUCCUUUUAGGAAAAAAUGACAAACGUGUGCCAAACAAUCAGGGAAUGGAAUUUUACAGAGCUCUGAAAGUCAGGCAGCGUCCUGUGCGGUGAGACAAUUCUCUUCAGACUGAUGUCAAGCAAAAAAAAUAAAUAAUGCAGUGGCAGUGUGUACGGAUUGAGUCUGAUUCUUUUUCUACCAUGUGUUUGUGUAGGAUGCUGAUGUACACAGGACACAACCACUCGCUCCUUAGCAUCGACACAGAGUCGGACCGCUACAUGAAUCUUGUUCUGUGGAUCAUUCAGCACUUGUCGUUGGGAUCAAGACACGGGUGUGCAGAGCAGAAGUGAAGAAA